AUGGCGUCGACAAAUUUCUUUAUGGUAGUUUUAGUUGUUGUUUUUAUGUCUUUGGUAACCAAUGGUCAAAAACCAUGUUGUUCGCCAGAAAAAUGGACGGCACAUUUGCUCCAAAAAACAGGGGCUUACAACGCUGCUACAUCCGGGGCUUCCAAACGUAAUGUCAGCAGCCACAUUUAUUACGACUACACGUUGAAAAAAUUGGCCAUCUUCUCUGACGUAAGAAACACGACAUUCAACUCGAGCACUUACUUACAAAGGAUCAUGGACUUUAAUAAGGGUGUAGAGUGGAGGAUUAAUGGGAAGAACUGUACACGUCACCAGACCACGGAACCUAUGCCCCAGCCGUGUUUCUUAGAUGGCGCGGAUUUCUUCGGUUACCACAACAUGGCAGAGAUGCCGGUAGAAGUAUGGUUCAAGGACGAUAACAAAGGUCAUACGUCACGGACUACCAUGUCACGUGAGCCGUGCGUACUGGUUACCGAAACGACGAGGUCCAUGGGGCCAGGAUUAGGUAAGUAUAACAAGCACCAUAAAGAAGAGGGAAAUGGGUUUGGUCGUUUUUGUAUUAACAGAGAUAAACGAGUCCGAUCCUGA